AUGUCUUUAAUUUUAUUGAAGCGAUUAGUCCUUUUCCUAAGCGCUCUGCUACAGGUGUUAGGUUUAAUUCUGAUCGGAUAUGGCAUUCUCUUGUUGUACACUGGUAACACAUAUUCCGGAGGCUUGGUUAUCAUUAUUGGGUUUGUCAUCAUGAUAAUGGCGAUCUUCGGCUUUAAAGCUGUCAUGAGCGGGGCUCCUAUACGCAUCCUGGUGUACGUAGUUGCCGUGGUUCUGCUGAUUUUGACCCAGGUGGUCUUCCUCGUCAUUGUCUCGCAUGGCAUUAAGGACGGUAUCUCGGGCAUCAUCAGCGACGGCUUUGAACGCCUCUGGGAGGUGGAGCGCAAUAAGAGCGGGGCUUUGGCCUACUAUGAGAACUGGCUCCACUGCUGCGGAGUGAACAGUUCCGAGGACUACUGGAUUAUCCACCACGCCAUCCCCUCGAGCUGCUGUCUGGACAACAAGUGCGUGGACCAGUCCAGUGUCUACAAGGCCGGCUGCAAGGCCGCAUUUACCGAGUAUUUUGACGACAAGUUUCUGGUCUUCAAAAUCGUCUGCUGGCUACUUGUCAUCGGAGAGGCUGUGGGAGCUGUCUUAUGUUGCUUGCUGUACAGCAACUUGAAAAACGAGACCUGA